UCAAGAAUAUUACUUACAUCUAGAAAUUACUAUCAAACGGUUUUCACCGAUGAAAAAAUAAACGGAUAGACACCUGAGAUCGCAAGGGCAUUAAUUCCAGAUAAACUCCAUGUUGACGGUUGUUUUCUGGUUGUUUAUUUAGCAAUUAGUAGAAUAGAAGGAAAAAGUAUAUUUCAAGUAAAAAAAAAGGUCAAGAGGUCUCAUUUCUAGCAGCAAAAAAAGAUUCAAAGGGUGUACCUGAAAAGCCUCCAAAAAAAGACAGUUUGAAGUGUCAAAAGACUUCCCUUCUCUAUCAUUCCGUUGGAUCUGAUACACGUACAACCUCACAAAGGGCGUGAGGUUACAAUAACAACGGUUGCACUCUUUAUCUCAUAAACGUUAAAAUGAAUCAAUUUUCCGGCGAUGAAGUUCAACAGUGUCGCGGUCUAAGUUUACAAAGUACUCUCAGCUAAACUGCUUAGGAUCGCGUGAAAUUUACAAAUUGACGCCAAAAAAACUGGUCACCUGAUCCGCCGAAGGACUGACCGCAGUAUAAGUUUCGCUGAGAUGUCUACACUUCAUUAAGGGAAUAUAUACAAAUUCUCUUGUGAAGAGCGUUAACUGAUUCACGUCAACAGCAUUCGACACGUAGCUAUUCAACUGCUGAUUAUCCUGACGGACGGAAAGAAGACGGUGAACUUUUAACAGGCAGUGGUAGCAGCUCAUCCCGUUCAAUCUGCGUCGUGGAAUCCACUUAUUUUUGAACCGGCGUUGGGCCGAUUUUAAGUCUUAUUUAUCCGAGAUUUGCAUUUAAGCCUUCAAUUAACAAAUUGCCUUGGAUUCAAAGCCGACAACAGAAGCCCCAACGUUUCUAAAGAGCUCUCGGUUUUGAAAGCAAGUUGGUUGCACAAUGAAAUCUUUUCUCUUCCUCUCACAGAUUUUCAUUGUGUUACUGCUGUUCCAUAUAAAAGUCCUACAGGGCGCUAACAAGCUGGAAGUGGAGUUAGAUCUUCAGUCAGGCCGAGUGAUACCCUCAGUCCAUGCUGCUAAAUCUCAGGUAAGCUUCAUCGUCCAGCCCACUGCUGCUUCCCAACCGGAUCGUUGCGAUGGUCAAGCAGUCGUGCGUCUGGACUUCAACGGACCGUUCAAGAAGGCCAAAAUCGAACUUAUCUAUGGUGAAGAACCUCGUCUUUGGACUGCAACCAUAUCAAAUGUCCCAACAAGCUAUGGCUUCGGUUCGAACUUCAACUACUCAAGCAAUUGCGCAACGGCUGAAAUAUUCAACCAGCAAUUUCGAGUCUACAGUAACAAGCUACCUGGCUUUAGGUUUGACUCCCAAAAUGGAAAUUCUUUGAUGGUUACAGAGGACGAAGUUGUGGAAAAUGGAGCCAAUAUGACAAUCGACAUCGCGAAUGAAGCAAUAACCUGGGAAACGCACUAUGUUAAUUCUUCCAGCUACUUCCACAUCAAAAACAAUCGAUACCUUUUUUCACUCUCAGGACAAAAGCCAACGUUCGGUCCACCCUCAGACGGAUAUAUCUAUGCGGGGUUCAACCGAGUUCCCUACGGGAAUUUUCACAAUGGAUCAGGUCUUUGUAGGGUUCGCAUCACAUUCAAGCGGGAUUUGGGCAAAGAUUCACCUUGUGCGACCGGCAAUCAUGAUUGCCAUAAAUUUGCUGAAUGCCACCCAGUCAAGCGUUCAUUAUUCAAAUGCAUCUGUAAGCCGGGUUACCUUGGCGACGGGCGGAAAUGUAAAGAGUUUGAUCCAUGUUCUGCAAACAAUGGAGGCUGUCAGCACCUUUGCCGGCGGAAUUCGAACGGACACGCUUCAUGCAGCUGUAAUGAGGGCUUUCACUUACACCCGAACAAAAGAGAUUGUCUGGCCACAGAGGAAGUCAGAAAGAGAAUAAGGAUCAAGAUGGCGGAGGCCUUGCCCUGCAAAUCGAAGGAUAUCAAAGAUCACAUUGUUAGCAAAUUUCAUACAAAGCUUUUGAGUCUGGAUGCUUGUAAUUUUCCCUGCAAGAUUUACAAGCCGUUUUUGCGUUGCCGUCCAAAGGAUGGGGAUCGUCUUGUGGUGUCCGUAUAUUUUGACAUCGAACUUCAUCAAAAUGUGAUCUCACCUUCGAAAUUUUGUAAUAUCACAUGCGCGCGAUGUCAGAUGGAGGACAGAUUACAAAAACUGAUCGCCGAGCUUCGAGGGCUCACUAAUGGCUACAAAUUAAACGUGACGCUAUAUGACAAGACGUUUACUUUCGCUAGAAAUACUCUGCGAAUUUCAAAAGAGAGGGAAGAGAAGGAGAAAGAAGAAAAAGGGAAGGAAGAGGGUGAUCAGUGCUACAAGACAGCAAGGAAAAAAUUUAAGCGGCAAGCUCGCUGUCAGCCUGGAAAGUACUAUGACAUUUACCUGCGCAAAUGUAUGAACUGCUCAAGAGGAUCCUACCAACCUAACAGAUCAGAGAACUUUUGCUUCCGUUGCCCUGACAACAAGACGACACUAUAUGCAGGAGCGAGCGAUAUCUCACAGUGUAUAGAUACAAUUUGUGGUGGAAAUUUAACAUCGAUGUCAGGUGUAAUCACAUCACCAAACCACCCCGAUCCCUACCCCAAAGGGAUCGAGUGUGUCUGGAACAUACGAUGUCCCGAAGGUCGAGGCUUACUUCUACUUAUACCAAACAUAUCAUUACCGCUGACCAUGGAUUGCUCAGAUCAUCUAAUCAUGCGCAAAAAUGCCAGCCCAUUUUCAAAGACUACCUACUACGCAUGCGAGUCUUAUGAUAACCCUGUGGCUUUUAUCUCGAGAAGCAAGGAUCUCUAUGUCAAGUUUACCUCCAAAAGCACCAACGAAAUGGCCGAAGGGUUUAAGAUUUUCUACGUUACAUUUCAAGAGAAAUACAGAUCUUUGGUGAAGUCUAUUGUUCAAGACGGCAAGUUAUAUGGAAACAGCAGUCUUCGCAAAAUAUUACAGGACGAGAGUCUCAUCACGCAAAUUCUUGACAUCAUGGUUCAUCCUCACAAGUUUUUUUAUUUGCCCAAAAACGCAAAGAACAAACUCCCAGAGUUUUAUUCCUUCGUCGAAAAGAAAGUAGAGGCUAAGUUGAAUCUUAAACCUUACAAGUAAAGAAAAUAUCUUUUUUCAGAAGAAUUGUCCAACACGACAUAAGCAAAAGGGACCUUUAUCAGUCAGGAAGGCAGCGCUGAGUAAGACUUUUAGUUAGGAUUUCGCGGUUAAGAUAUGUACAAAGUUUUCAAACGCACGUGCUAAGCUAUUGUUACCCCCUUUAGAUCUAGUGUUUUGCCACGCCCUCGUUGUCUUCGUUGUCGGGAUUUGGACAGAAUGCAAAUGCUGUUUUUCACAGGGUAUGACGCAUUAAUAAGAGUAAUAUUAACGUAACGAUACUAAACGACAAAGUAUGCUUCGAAACUGUCGAUAGUAUUUUAAGUUUUGUGGUACCGUUUAAAUGUCUCUCUAAGUGGUAGACAAAUACUUAGCCUUUGUCAUUUAUGUUACUAUCUAGAUUUGUCGUCGUCAUUGGUAUUGUUUGCGUUAGUAAAUAACAACCAUGCGCAAAUUAAAACUGGAAUCGUAGGAUAUUAUCGAUAAGAGGUUAUAAGAAUCUCAAGACUUAUUUUAUUGGUUUGUAAGUAAAAUGCGACCCGGUGACAUACAAAUAUAUAUACUUAAUAAUUGAUUAAAAAAAAACAACAAUGGUGAUUCGUAAUCAUGACCACGCCCAUGAAGAUAAUAUCGACAUUAAAAUAAGCGAUGUUAUUUCAUAGUCACGGGCGUAAGAGAAAGCACUAAAUAAAUCGGUUAUGGGCCAA